CUCCAACUAAUGAGUCAAAGAAAAUGGGGACAUUGCCCCUUUUCAGUUCCCCUCUUCAAAAAAAUCUACAACAUAAGAUGCUUUGCGCUCGGCUAGCCGUUAGUCGGCUCCUUCUUUUUUCAAAAUUGAAAUAGUGCCAUCCUCUUCUCUACAAAAGACUUAGAAGAUUUCAAAAUUGAGUAGUCUCAACAAUGUUAGCACAAUCUCCGGUGGUCGGAGACCAGAUCCAACGCCAGAAAACCGGCCGGAAGCAUCUCCAGACAAGGAACACUCCGGCGAAUCAAAUCCCCGAUGAAGCUAUCAAACCCAAGCCAAAACAGGACCUGCUCGAGAUUUCACUAUACCACAUCUCAAACAAAGAAAAUGUCCAUCCGCUUCAGGCGGCGGCGGGAAAGGGGAAGCCGCACUGUGAAAUCGGUCUGCGAGACUCCUCGCUAGCCGAUGAGCUCAGCUCCAUACGGGAGAAGCUGGAGAGGAUGAGGAUCGACAAACAGAGAACGGAGAAGAUGCUCCGUGAGCGGGUCGCGGUGAUGGAUUUGCAGAUGCAGGAGCUGAUAAACAGAGGAGAGAUUCAGAAGCAGCUCGAGCUCGAGGUCGAUCGCCUUUUCCGAUUGAAAGAGCUCCGGCUAUCUUGUAUGAGAAUAUCUCCUAUUCGAUCGCUUAGAGAUAAGGAGAAAGAAAAGAAGGGGAAGGAAGAUCAAUUCAAGGACAUGGAAGAAAUUGAAAAUGAGGAAGGAUUACAGUGUAGAAUUGCACCAUCAAGCCCAAGUUCAGAUCUCGAUACAGAGGAAUGAAAUGAAAAAGAUCUGGAAGAAAGAUAUCAAGCGACUCAAUGUUGUUCUUGGAAUCUUGAUGGAGUGGGAAGUGAAAAGAAACAUACACAAUAUCUUGUUGUACAUGAUUUUAUUGAAUAGAAAAGAGCACAACUUUUGUUCCCUUUAGCAUUACAAAUAGGUGGAGAGACUUCCGUUGUAGUAGUAUCAAUUUGUUGUUUGGUGGCAUUUACAUUGUCAAUUGCGUACUACUAAAGUCCUAUUUAGAGGAGUUUUAUUCUUACGAAUUUGCCAAGG